AAUAUUAAAUUCAUAAUUAAUGUCACACAGCAACCACCAACAAGUCCAAAUAAUUGCACAUUAUCAAUCAGCAUUGCUACUGCAUCCCAAACGGGUCGGAAGAGUGCCACGUUGCAACUUCUCUUGCUGCCGGAAAGCCAUCUCUCUCUCGUUUGAAUCUUCCCCUCACUCUUAUCCAAUUCUCUCCAGCUUACGCACCAAAUACCUCAGAUUCGGAUCAACAUCAUCAUCUCCGUCGAACUGGAACCUGAUUCCUUGAUCCGAUCCGAUCCGCUUCUUCUCGAAGCUGAAAAUUGGAGGAUUUCGGUCAGAGAUCCGUGAUUUUUUUUUAAUAUUCUCUUCAGAUUUUAUUCCAAGUAUGGAUUCCUUUUAUUUUGUUGCAUGUGAUUUAUCUGCUCGGAAAUGAGUCAGAGAAUUUUGAAUUCUUUUUUCUGAGUUGAAGAUCUUCUGCUAUUGGCCAUACUGUUUGAUUUAGAUGGUAUGCAACAGUUAUAUAAGGAGCGUGAUUUUUCAAACUGGGCAUAUCAGAAUAUUCAUCCCAAAACGAGCGCAUUUAAGGAACUUCCUCAGGAUUUUGCACGUGGACACUGGCUUAACUUAGAAGUGGAAUUGUGAAUUUUCAAAGUGUGAGGAUGAUGCUUGAUUCAAGUGGAGGGUGGAAAAGUGAAGAUGGCAAAUUAAGCUGUGGAUAUUCCAGUUUCAGGGGGAAAAGAGUGACGAUGGAGGAUUAUUUUGAUAUUAAAACGUCCAAGAUUAACGGUCAGACAGUCUGCAUGUUUGGAAUCUUUGAUGGGCAUGGUGGUUCUCGUGCUGCAGAGUAUUUGAAGGAACGCUUGUUUGAGAAUCUUAUGAAGCACCCACAAUUUUUGACUGACACCAAAACAGCCUUAAGUGGAACAUAUCAACAGACUGAUGAGGACUUCUUGGAUUCUGAAAGAGAUACCUAUCGAGAUGAUGGUUCUACUGCUUCAACAGCAGUAUUAGUGGGUAGCCACCUAUAUGUUGCGAAUGUUGGAGAUUCGCGGACAAUAAUAUCAAAAGCUGGAAAGGCAAUCCCUUUGUCUGAGGAUCAUAAGCCAAAUAGAAGUGAUGAACGAAAGAGAAUAGAAAAUGCUGGAGGUUUUAUAAUGUGGGCAGGUACUUGGAGAGUAGGAGGAGUGUUAGCUAUGUCUCGUGCUUUUGGUAAUCGCAUGUUAAAGCCAUUUGUUGUUGCAGAACCAGAGAUUCAGGUGAACUCAACCAAGAUUAGAAACCAAGCAAUCAAAUGCAAAUCUCAUGUAUCCCACAAAGUGCAGCUAUCCCCCUUUUCAAUUAUUCUCGCAGCAGUAGGAGGAGUGUUAGCUAUGUCUCGUGCUUUUGGUAAUCGCAUGUUAAAGCCAUUUGUUGUUGCAGAACCAGAGAUUCAGUUUGUGGGUCAAAGAGGGGUAACUAGUGGGGACUUAAAGACAUUAUUGUUGUGCUUACCAUGCAUUAUCUGUACCAAAUUGGUGGAUGUGAACCCUGCCACUGGGGAGUUGCCCUCAUUUUCUCCUGUCUCACAUGUAUUAAAGUGGAUUUAUGAGAGUAUUCUUUCUCUCUCCUUUUUUUAUAACAAUCUUUUUAUUUCCCAGGACCAAGAGAUAGAUGAAGAUUUGGAGUUGCUUGUGCUUGCUAGUGAUGGACUAUGGGAUGUAGUACCCAAUGAGGAUGCUGUUUCACUAGCCCGCACUGAAGAAGAACCUGAGGCUGCUGCUCGGAAGUUGACAGAGACCGCUUUUACUCGUGGCAGUGCUGACAACAUAACAUGCAUUGUGGUGAGAUUCCACCACAACAGGGCAAAUGGAGCCAGUCCCCAGCCUGGGUAGAAACCCGUCUUUUUAUUGCAUGUGUUGAUUUUGUUUACCAUGUAAGUUGGUUUAAUUUUGAAAUCAACACAUGCGCAUAAUGGCAGAAUGUGCAUAUCAAGGAGAUGUUUGUUUGUUCAUUGUUUUAUUUUCCUGAUUUGAUCUUUGGCAUUGAAUACAUGGACUAUAAUCUAUAUCUUGUUGGGAUCCUGCCCCAGAACAUAUCAAUAAGUCUAUUUUCUGCCUGCUUGUUUUGUGUUCUAUUAAAAUCUAUUAAAGCUU